AUGGCACUCGUUCUUGCCUUCUCUACCUUGUGCCUGGCAGCAGGCGUGACACCUCAUGUGCCCCAUGUGCUCUUCAUCGUAGCAGACGACUACGGUUGGGGCAACUUGGGCGUACAUCGCCGGGAUGCUGGAGAUUCCCUGGAAGAGCUCCAGGGAAAGUUGGAGGUUCACACGCCCAACCUCGAUAGGCUCAUCGAUGACGGAAUCUUGUUGGACCGCCAUUACGCCUUCCAUGUGUGCUCCCCCAGCCGUUCCUCCUUGCAGACGGGCCGCCUUCCAGUGCAUGUGAACAAGGACAUGAGCGACAUGGACCUGCAGCUAGUGAAUCCGAAGGACCCAGUGAGCGGCUAUGCAGGGAUCCCACGGAACAUGACGUGCAUGGCGGAGAAGUUGCUCGCGGCUGGGUACCGCACCCACAUGGUCGGGAAGUGGGACGUCGGCAUUGCGACGCCACAGCACUCACCAAAAGGGCGCGGAUAUGAGACUUGGUAUGGCUUCUACGGUCAUUCCAACGAGUAUUGGCACGCGACAGCCACGAUGACUUCAGCGUUCGGGGCUGUUGACGUAUGCUUGAACCAAAUGAGAGACUUGUCCAUGCACAAUUCGAGCUACUGCGGUCCUGCUCUCGACGAUGUCUCCUUGUCAGCUGUGUGCGAAAGCGAUGAUGACAAGGAGUCGGAGCCGUCAUGUUACGAGGAGCAUCGCUUCAAAGAGAGGGUUCUGGAGAUCAUCCAGUUCCAUGACACAGAGAAGCCCUUGUUCCUGUUGUAUGCGUUCCAUUUGCUUCACACUCCUCUGCAAGUGCCGCGGGUGUGGCUUCGACGAAUCGAUGAGCUUGUUAGAUUGGCAGGUGGCCAUCCGAUUGAUUCCCAAAAUCGACGGCUGUAUGCUGCCAUGACUCUUUACAUGGACGCCGCAAUAGGCGAAGCAGUUGAAGCCUUGAGGAAAAGGGAUAUGUAUGACAACACGUUGAUCAUCUUUGUUUCCGACAACGGCGGUGCAAUCUAUGAGCCUGGUGGUGCCUCAAACCAUCCUCUGCGAGGAGGAAAAGUAUCCCUGUUUGAAGGAGGCAUCCGAACGAAUGCCUUUGUCUCAGGCGGCUUCGUACCAGAGUCUCGACGCGGCACGAAGUUCGAAGGCGUCAUCAGCAUCGCGGACUGGUACGGGACGCUUGCAGAGCUUGCCGGCGUGGACAUCGAGGAUCAAAAAGCCGAGGCGGCCAACACUUGGCUACGGGAAAAGGGCCUCCCCACGCUGUUUCCGGUAGACAGUGUGCCACAGUGGCAAAACAUCCUCCAGAACCGCAACGGCAGAGCCGAUCCUCUGCAUCUUUCCUCACAAGCCCUGCUGAUGUGGCCAUACAAACUCCUCACGGACAAAACCACUUAUGGUGUCUGGACGGGGCCCGUCUAUCCGAACUGCUCCACUUUGCAAAGCGUUCGAAGACAUCAGGGGCCAAUGCCCCCAACUACUCUUGAAGAAGGAGUUCCUAUAUUCUUGCCCGAGCUCUCCGACGAAAGCAAGCACUUGGAAACCUGGCAGUUCGAUUGCGGUGAGGGUUGCCUUUUCAAUGUGAGGGAUGAUCCGAAUGAGCACGUGGAUCUGGCUAGAGACCCUGACUACAAAUCCAUCUUUCGAAACAUGCGUGAGACGCUGCAGCUCCAGAACAAGGACAUCUUUGAUCCCGAGCGUGGAGCGCCGACCGUGGAAGCUUGUAUCGUGGCUAUCGAGCAUGGGCGGACCCUGGGCCCCUUCUUAGAGCUCGGGGAGUUCUAUAGCCCGAAGCCAUCGAGGAGCCCAGAUCAGCAAGCUGAAGAUGCGGUGCUGAGCUCUACACUGCGCAUCAUGAACAUGGACAAGAACAAGCUACGGUUUGUCGAUGAGCUGAUGGAGGAGGCGAAGCAUGCUCCGCAUGAGUAUGACAAGUGCCUGGUGCCGAUGUUUCAAGAUGUAGAGCAGUGA